AUGGCAUCACCCAUAGUUCUCCUUGUCUCGAUCUUGUCUCUCGUCACCAAGGCCAUAGCCCAAAGUCUCAAUGUCUCCACCGUUGCGGUGCAGAACGGCACUUCCAUGCUAGAAUGCUGGAGUCUGCAAUCUCCUACCUCGGGCGCCGGUGCUCAGAAUUAUCCACUCGGUGACUUCAGCAAUGCCUUUAUCGGUGCGAUUCCACCACAUACUUAUAUCGGUGCUGCUUGGCCAGCUUCUAUCCAAUACUCAAUGAUCCUCCAGGGCCUCGUGCACAUCUCUCUUCCCUACAGCGACGACGAAAUUUACAUCCAACCCGGACCUCUGAGUACUCUUCUCGUCAUCGAUCAGAGAAACGUCUCAAUUUCUGGUCAUAUCACUGAUUUUCCAGGCUCGGAAACUACUCUGAUUGCUCAGUUUCCGGUUACUGGCAACAAGAUACCUGUCCAUACUGUGUUGCAUAGUGGUCCUUGCGGUUUGGGCGAUGUUCGAGGUUUGACAGGCUGA